CACAUGUGACCUAGCUGAAGAAAAUGGCUGCCGAAAAGAUGGCCGCCUUCAACUGGUCCCAUCUUGUGAAUCCAGCAGCCAGGAUGACCGACCGUAUGGACAAUUCCAUCAUCCAGUACAUCGGCUGGAACGUGGAAGUGGAGGACCUGAUCCACAUCCCGAAGCAUUGGCGACAGUAUCCGGCGCCAGACAAGUCUCUUCAUCUGCUCCUAGGCAUGAUCUACAUCUUCCUGUGCGUUGCUGCCUUCGUUGGUAACGGCCUGGUCCUCUGGAUUUUCUCCUCGGCGAGAAGCCUCAGGACGGCCUCCAACAUCUUCGUGGUGAACCUGGCCUUCUGCGAUUUGAUCAUCUUCCUGAUGAUGCCCAUCUUCGUGUACAACUCGUUCGGCCAGGGCUUCUCUGCAGGCUGGUUGGCCUGCCAGGUGUACGCGAUGAUCGGCUCCUUUUCGGGCAUCGGGGCCGGAAUGACCAACGCUUGCAUCGCCUAUGACAGGUACAUGAUCAUAACCAGACCGUUCGAAGGAAAAAUGAGUCGGACGAAAGCCAUCAUCAUGAUACUGUUCGUGUGGACAUACGCAACACCAUGGGCUGUCUUACCGAUGCUGGAAAUCUGGGGAAAAUUUAUGCCGGAGGGAUACUUGACAGCUUGCUCCUUCGACUAUCUCACCACAUCGUACGACAACAAGCUCUUCGUAGGAUCGAUAUUCACGUUUUCUUACGUGAUACCCAUGAGUUUCAUCCUGUACUUUUACAGCCAGAUCGUCAGCAAGGUUUUCUCGCACGAGAAGUCUUUGAGAGAUCAGGCGAAAAAGAUGAACGUCGACUCGCUGCGCGCCAACCAACAACAGAAGAGCGAAACGGCCGAACUGCGCAUCGCCAAGGCCGCCCUGACCGUCUGCUUCAUGUUCGUGAUGUCUUGGACGCCGUACGCCGUCCUCGCCCUCACCGGCGCCUUUGGUGACCAAUCGCUGCUGACGCCCGGCGUCGCGAUGGUGCCGGCGCUCACCUGCAAGCUGGUGUCCUGCAUCGACCCCUACAUCUACGCCAUCAGCCAUCCCAAGUACAGAAUCGAGCUCCAAAGGCGACUUCCUUGGUUGUCUCUGAACGAACCCAACGACACACAGUCCACGGUGACAGAGUCUUCAGCACCGUUAUCGGCUUUAUCUACGACUAUGACAUAAGGAAUCUGACCAUGUGCUCUCUCUCAAUCCAGAAUGAACGAUUCUCGACCGAAACGACACGGACCUGCUAUUUCUAUCGGUA